UAGCAGCUAUAAAAUCGGUAAAGUUUAUAAUAUUCAUCUCUCUUAAAAUGAAUCCAUUUGGUAGCAUUCACAUUGGAAUUGUGUCUCUACUAUAGAUAUCACAUUUUGCCAUCAUAGUAUAUAUUUCAAGGACCUGAUUUAAUUGAUUCAUAUUUGUGAAUUGACUUACAAAAGGACCUGUUUUAUUAAAAUGUUACACUAUGUGCAAUUUUAGGAAUCAGAGGACAGAUAUUUUGAGGACAAACCAAAAUUAAACCAGUUCUUUUGUGAUAUUUCUUCGCUUCACCUUGGUGUUUCCUUGUUCCAUACUUGUUUUGUCUCUUUUCAUUGUAGAUUCUUGUGCUGGGUUUCAGGUCAAGUAGAACUGUCCUGAAAAUGGGCCCAGUAGGUGCAGAGGCUGAAGAGAACCAGACAGUGGAAGAAAUGAAGGUGGAGCAGUAUGGGCCACAGCAAACCACUCCUAGAGGUGAGCUGGCCCCUGACGCUGAGCCAGAACUUAUAGAUAGCACCAAGCUGAUUGAGGUGCAGGUGGUCCUCAUAUUGGCCUAUAGCUCCAUCAUCUUGCUUGGAGUAAUUGGCAACUCCUUGGUGAUCCAUGUGGUGAUCAAAUUCAAGAGCAUGCGCACAGUAACUAACUUUUUCAUUGCCAAUCUGGCUGUGGCAGAUCUUUUGGUGAACACCCUGUGCCUACCAUUCACUCUUACCUACACCUUAAUGGGGGAGUGGAAAAUGGGUCCUGUCCUGUGCCACCUGGUGCCCUAUGCCCAGGGCCUGGCAGUACAGGUGUCCACAAUCACCUUGACCGUAAUUGCCCUGGACCGGCAUCGGUGUAUUGUCUACCACCUGGAGAGCAAGAUCUCCAAGCAAAUCAGCUUCCUGAUUAUUGGCUUGGCCUGGGGCAUCAGUGCCCUGCUGGCAAGUCCCCUGGCCAUCUUCCGGGAGUAUUCCCUGAUUGAGAUUAUUCCAGACUUUGAGAUUGUAGCCUGUACUGAGAAGUGGCCUGGUGAAGAGAAGAGCAUCUAUGGCACUGUCUACAGUCUUUCCUCCUUGUUAAUCCUGUAUGUUUUGCCUUUGGGCAUCAUAUCUUUUUCCUACACUCGUAUCUGGAGUAAACUGAAGAACCAUGUCAGCCCUGGAGCUGCUAAUGACCACUACCAUCAGCGAAGACAAAAAACCACCCAAAUGCUGGUGUGUGUGGUGGUGGUGUUUGCCGUCAGCUGGCUGCCUCUCCAUGCCUUCCAACUUGCUGUCGACAUUGAUAGCCAGGUCCUGGACCUGAAGGAGUACAAACUCAUCUUCACGGUGUUGCACAUCAUCGCCAUGUGCUCCACCUUUGCCAACCCCCUUCUCUAUGGCUGGAUGAACAGCAACUACAGAAAGGCUUUCCUCUCAGCCUUCCGCUGUGAGCAGAGGUUGGACGCCAUUCACUCUGAGGUGUCCGUGACAUUUAAGGCUAAAAAGAACCUGGAAGUCAAAAAGAACAAUGGCCCCAGUGACUCUUUCACAGAAGCCGCAAACGUUUAAGGAAACCAGGGCGUGAAAAUGUAUGGUU